UACUGAAAAUGGGAGAUAUUGAGAAGGGCAAGAAGAUCUUUGUCCAGAAAUGUUCCCAGUGCCAUACAGUUGAAAAGGGAGGCAAGCACAAGACUGGACCCAACCUGAAUGGCCUGUUUGGACGCAAGACUGGACAAGCUGAGGGCUUCUCUUACACGGAUGCUAAUAAGAAUAAAGGCAUCACCUGGGGUGAGGAUACUCUGAUGGAGUAUUUGGAAAACCCAAAGAAGUAUAUCCCAGGAACAAAGAUGAUUUUUGCGGGUAUUAAGAAGAAGUCUGAGAGAGCAGACUUAAUAGCAUACCUCAAAGAUGCCACUUCAAAGUAAAAGUUACCUGCUGCCUUAUUUAUUUCACAAAGGAGAUGGCAAUGGAAAUGUCUGUGUUGAGAUUGGUUUUUAAACUUUAUAUUUUUACAUGUACUGUGUCUAACCUUAAAAUCUAUCUAGCCCAUCAAAUAACGUUGCUCAUGGUGGGUCACAGGAGCACAUGCUUGUUUGGCAGCCAUUAAGUAAAUGGGAACUGUGUAAUUGGGUUGAUUUAAAUUUCUAUAGUGUUCAUUCAUUCUUGGUCACAGAAUUAAAAAAUAAAAUAAAAUAAACA